AUGGAGUUUGGAAUAGCAGUUGUUCAAGUGCGCGAAUUGAUUGAAUUUCUUAAUUUCACAUUAAGCAGUCGUAAUGCGGCUGUUCGCACAAAUUCUGUCACUGUUUUGGGAGCCUUGUUCGCUUUUCAUUUGUUAAAGACUAAAAUCCCUACUCAACUUUCACAACUGACAAUGAAUUUGAAAGUGGCUGAUAAGGCACUUCCAAAACCAAUUAAACAAGCGAUUGUCGAAGUUAUAAGUAACGAUGAUAGUGGAAAAAAUACUACAGAAGAAUUAUUUCCUAAAGUUGAUAUCAGAAUACAACGAUGGUGA